GCGCGCAGUUUCGCUCAUUACUCCACGAUGGCCAAUAUGUGGUUCGGUAUUCUCUCCCUGGUGGUGGUAGUAUGCAGUGCUUCAGGGGCGAACCUGCGGCCAAAAGCACCUUGCUCCCCCCCCUUUAAGGAAGUGGGUACGAAUAAAAAGUGUGUUCUUGUGAAUAACCUUAACGUUGGGACCUGGAACGACAUGCAACACUACUGCUCACUUCUAUCAGCAAGUCUGGUCAAACUCGACAACGCGACGGACUUCGCUGAUAUUGUACAGUAUAUCAAAAACGAAGGAUUGACGAAAGCCUACUACUGGAUUUUCGCCACGGACGCAAAUCACGAAGGCACAUGGCAAUGGGGCGACCUGUCAGACGUCACUAUGGGCGCCCCCUUCUGGAGUCCUACUGGAAGUGGGUGCAGUGUCCUGGAACCGACCGGAGGAACGAACGCUAACUGCGCUGUCCUCAAUCCUAACAAAUUCUAUUAUUUUGAUGAUAUGUCUUGUUCGAGUGAAGCAGCUGGCAUUUGCGAAAUCAUAAAAGUACAUUCGACCACUAUUCAAGUACAUUCGACCAUUAUUCAAGUACAGUCGACCAUUAUCCAAGGACAUUCGACCAUUAUUCAAGGACAUUCGACCAUUAUUCAAGUACAUUCGACCAUUAUUCAAGUACAUUCGACCAUUAUUCAUUACAUUCGACCAUUAUUCAAGUACAUUCGACCAUUAUUCAAGUACAUUCGACCAUUAUUCAAGUACACUCGACCAUUAUUCAAGCACAUUCGACAAUUAUUCAAGUACAUUCGACCAUUAUUCAAGUACAGUCGACCAUUAUUCAAGGACAUUCGACCAUUAUUCAAGCACAUUCGACCAUUAUUCAAGCACAUUCGACCAUUAUUCAAGUACACUCGGCCAUUAUUCAAGCACAUUCGACAAUUAUUCAAGUACAUUCGACCAUUAUUCAGGUACAGUCGACCAUUAUUCAAGGACAUUCGACCAUUAUUCAAGCACAUUCGACCAUUAUUCAAGUACACUCGACCAUUAUUCAAGCACAUUCGACAAUUAUUCAAGUACAUUCGACCAUUAUUCAAGUACAUUCGACCAUUAUUCAAGUACAUUCGACCAUUAUUCAAGCACAUUCGACCAUUAUUCAAGUACAUUCGACCAUUAUUCAAGUACAUUCGACCAUUAUUCAAGUACAUUCGACCAUUAUUCAAGUACAUUCGACCAUUAUUCAAGUACAUUCGACCAUUAUUCAAGUACACUCGACCAUUAUUCAAGUACAUUCGACCAUUAUUCAAGUACAUUCGAUAUCAUUCAAGCCUCACAGCAUCCUCGAGCCUGAUGUGCAGUACGUUCGGCAGCAUGACUGCAGCCUGCGACCCGCCUUACAAAGAAAUCCACGGCCGCUGCUUCCUCAUAGAUAACUUUGUAGAAGGGACGUGGGCCGACAUGAACCACUGGUGCGGCUACUAUGGGGGCAAGCUGGCCACGCUGGACAGCGCCUCCGUCUUCGCUGCCGUCCUUCAGGAUAUCAAGGCAUCGGGGAUAUCUAAAAGCUUCCUCUGGAUUGGCGCCUCAGACAUCAUGGAAGAAGGCGUAUGGACGUGGCUGGACGGCACCGCGGUGGCUGAGGGGACGCCUUUCUGGAGUUUGUACGGCAGCGGAUGCACAGUCCAGGAACCCAGUGGAGGAACGAACCAGAACUGUGCUCUCCUCAAUCCAAACAGAAAUUAUUACUUUGAUGACGUAGCCUGCACAACACAAGCUGGCGCUAUUUGCGAAAAAUAAAUCAGCUGAAGAAGCAGAUAUAGUUGCGUUUCAAGGAAACAGCUAUUUAUACUUUUUUUCAUGGACUUCGUGUGUCACACACAUAAAACACACAUAAGUAACUUGUAUGAGAAGGAUAUACUAUGCUAUCAUGUGUAAAUAUAAUGAUGGUGAUCCCCUGCCACAA